AUGACAAUGGCACAAACUAUAAGUGUUUGGAUGACAGUAGCAAUGUCUUUACACAGAUUUAUUGGAGUAUGUUUUCCUUAUCAAUCCGGACGUGUUUUAACUGCAAGAAAUGUAAAAGGAAUUAUUGGAGGAGUUAUUCUAACUGCUGUUUUAUUUAAUAUAUUCCGAUUUUUUGAAAUUAUGUUUGUUGUUCCUUUUACUGUUUUAAUUGCCGUUAAUUCAAUGGUUAUUGGAGCUAUUCACAAAUCUCGAAAAAUCCAUGCCAAAUUAAAUGUACGUGAAGGAAAUGGUGCUAGAAAACAAGAAUUAGCUAAAGAAAUAAGUACUUCUAUAAUGCUUGUUGCCAUUGUUAUAGCAUUUCUUCUAUGCAAUACUUUGGCAUUUGCAGUCAAUUUAUUAGAAAAAUUAGAUUUUCAAGGAUUAUUGUAUAUUCGAUUAGUUCCUUGGUCUAAUUGGCUUGUUUUGUGUAAUGCAAGCAUUAAUAUUUGUAUUUAUUGUAUAUUUUCUGAGAGAUACAGAGCCUUAUUAUUUUAUUAUUUACGAUGUUUUAAAAGAAAAGGAGGAGGAGGAGAUAUUAAUAAUCAAAAUAAUAUUGGAUUUAAUGGAACUUCAAUGAGCUUUUUAUAA